GUAUACAAAACUUGAUCAUAGUCUAUCACCCAGUAGUUACAAACUGUGCCUUGCAUGGCAUUGCAAGCCAACUGCGUUUGGAAGAGAUAUGGACGAAAAAGGUGACAAAAAAAGUCCAAAUAAACUCAAAGCGAAACUCGUCAAGCAAAUAUCAGAUGAAGCUUACUGGGAUUGUAGUGUUUGUACAUACCGAAAUACUUCUGAAGCCUUUAAAUGCGCCAUGUGCGACGUCAGGAAGGGUACUUCAACAAGGAAACCUAGAAUAAAUGCUCAGCUUGUAGCACAACAAGUAGCUCAACAAUAUUCACCUGUUCUACCUCUCAAGAAAACACCAAACAAAAAAAUAAAUAAUAGAAAAAUGAGACCAAGACUCAACAAUGUGGACAGAGACAGUGCACAACAUAUGGCGGUUACUGUCGGCAGUGUUACGGUUAUAAUAACAGAUUAUAAACUUUUAAAACCUGGUAGUUCACCAUCUGGUACUCCUGAAGGAAAUUCACCAGUUUCGGAGGGAAGUUACGACCCUGGUCCAUCGAAUGUGUCACUAGAAUGUAUAGGCAACGGCACAACAGUAGAAGACAGUUCAUGACAUUAGUGACAUUUUUAGGUUUUAGCAUCUUUCAUAAUUUCUAUAAAUAGCUAGCUUUAUGUGAUUAUACAGUGUAUUUUUAAUAUUGUAGCCCAUGACUGUAUCAAAGUGAUACUGCUGUUGAAGACAACGAUAGAAACUCCAGAUCUUGGUCGUAUGCCAGCCAUAAUUAGGUCUAAGAGAAAAUUAGUUCUUCCAAUUCAACGUUAGUUUUACUAAGAAUACUACAGCUAGUGUAUAUUUAAAGAGUCUUGUAUAAUAUUUUGUAACAGAUGCAAAGGUAGUCGUGAAACACCCAUUUUAAACCAGGUUAGGAUAAUUAUUGCAGGGCUGUUGGCCAAUCAUCAUUCAAUACUUCACUAACUCUUUACCAGCUGAUGAAUUUUGGCCAACAAAUGGCCAGGUGUCAACUGACACGUCAGCCAGUCAUAAAGUACAUGAUUACCCAUAUAGUAGGUUUCACAGUAGUUUCUAUUCCUCAAUUUUUCUUUGGAUAAAAGGGACCCUUUAAGAAGCUCUACUCACAUUAAUUUUAGGGGUGUCAUUAACUUUUGAAAAUAGAUCAUGAACUAUAGCCAGAGAGUCCUGGCAGGGUUUUCAUUAAGUUUUCAAACAUGAGAAUAUCAGGAUAGUAUAAGCUGGAGAAUUUUGACCCAUUACCCAAGCAUUCCCUGGGCAUCUCAGACCCUUAAUGAAAACCUUGACAUUACUACCUUAUCAGGAGAUUCUGUCUUUUACUCUUUGUAUUAUAAAAUGACUCAAAUAGGUAUGGAAUGGAUUUCAUUUGGCAUUUUGUAGCUAGCCAUAUACCAUAGCCAUAAUUACCUAUUCAGUUAAAUGUGGAAACUGUCGAGAAACCAGGUCAUGUGUCAUAAAUAAGUACCAAUCACUUCCCUCACGAUAGCCACUCUAUACUAAAUGGGUGCUAGCUCUAUGGCCAGAAAUAACCAGCCACAUCAGACUGAUCAACACAUGCAGGGGCAGAUCCAAGAAUUUUAGAAGGGACUUGACUAUUAUGAAGGUUUUAACAAGAACUCCAUAAAAAAGGGGGUGACUGUUACUAACGAUAUACUGAGAAAUUUGACCAAAAAGUGGGGUGACUAUUCACCCCUGGACCCACCCCUGACAUGGCGCCAAUCAAAAGGACCAGCCUUAUAUAAAGAGGUGUUUACUUGGGCAAGUGUCAAUCCUGACCAGACAUUGUUUGUUAACUGGCCUUUAUUUUGUGCCCUCUAAAUGUUAUGUUAUAUAUGUUAGCAACUGAAGCAAUUUCAAACGUUCUAGAAUUACUAAACAACAAUCUACUAGG